AUGCAUCGUCGACCAGGAUAUGAAGCACGAAAUGCCCUCUCAAAGACUCAAUUCAAACUCAAGCGCCAGAAUCAAUCAAUACACGUGUACGGCGUUAUUGGAUGGAAUUUCAAGGGUCAGCUCCACUUCUAUACUGGCUCUGGUAUAGGGGGACGGCUUGUUCAAGCUGACUAUAUGGCUAUUCUUGAGCAAAUUGUUGCUCCUGAACGGGAUAAGGAUUGCGUUUUGGUCGAAGAUAAUGAUGGGCCUCAUGGUACCAAGGGCAAGGGUCCUAACAAGAUUAAAGCACUUAAGGACCUUCUAGGGAUCAGAUGGAAGAUGAACCCUGCUAAUUCGCCAGAUCUCAACCCUAUUGAGACCAUCUGGAGGAUAAUAAAGCAGCGCUUGAAGUCCAGGGGGGUCAUCUUCGAAGAAGCUGUGCUGCGUCAAGCUAUCCAAGAGGAGUGGGAUAAAAUAACCAUUGAGGAGAUUAAUAGGGCUAUCUCAACAAUGCCAGAUAGAGUAGCUGCCCUAAACGAGCGAAAUGGGCGCCCUAUCCCCUAUUAA